GACUCUAAUUGAAGCUAGAAUUUGGAACUUUUGAUUCUAGAAUUGAUUAUUAAGCUCAAAUUUGUUGUUCAACUAAGUUUUAUGUAUUGUGACAUGAAUCAUUUUAACUUUAAAUUUACUUUUAGCCAAAAUCAAUUUAUUUAAAAUCAAAAUUUCACUAGAACAUUUAGCUUCCGUGCUUGGUUCCACGGUUGGCGGGCUCACUCUUGAGUUUGCCACGGUCAAUAAUCAUCUGACAGGAUGUAAAGCUGUUUGACUUCCUAAGUCGAAGCUUCUUUGUGUAGCUUCCAAGGUGGCUUGGAAUUGAUUCUGAAUUUCAUUGUAAUGUGAUGGAUAUCUUUCCACUAUUUCUAUGGUAACUGCAUACUCAAAAUCACCUGAAGAUGUAUUGGGGCUUCUUAGCCUUGUUUUCUAACAUGUGCUGUCUAGCCAUCUAUAUUACUCUGGCUCACAUUAGAAACAAAUAGUAAUAUUUAUGAUCUGGAAUGUAUAUUUCAAAUUUUAUGGUAAUGUUGUUUGACAGAAUGCAAGAAAACGGUCUAUUCGCUUUUGUUCUCCUUGGUUCUAUUCGAAAGGAUGAAAUUAAAAUUUAUUAUUUUUCUUAUCUUGUGUUUGAUUUGUUUCAAUUUCUCCACCAAAUGCUACCGAAGAAUACAUUUUUUUUCCGGUUACAUCAUUUGGUUUUUUUUAGUGUUUUUUUCCUUCCAAUAUUUGUGUUAAGAGUCCCACAUCGGACUCGACAAAGGUCACAGAGAAUAGAAAAACACAAACGAUGAAGAAGAAUUGGAAAAAGGGGGGAAAGUUGAAAGGAGAGUGCGGUGUGUUUAGUGCAGCUGGGAUUGGUGCUCUUGGUGCUUCUAACACUCAAGAUCUUAACCUUUUGGAAAAUGUUUCUCAAGAUGGUGCAUUAUUUGAUGCAUCACAAUAUGCAUUCGGUAAAGAUGUUGCUGAGAAAGUAGAGUUGGGGGGUGAGGUGAUAAAAAUGAUUACAUCCCUUCGGUUGAGUUCAACGGGGAGGAGUUUUUUCUCAAUGCAGAAGAGGCGGAGGAUGCAAGAUCUUUUUCUGAAAUUGACGAUCUCUCAACACUUGUUUGAAGUUGAACAAAAGUGUUAGUGGACCAAGAAAUGCAGGAGUUAUUGGUGAUCGGUGUCUAGAGAAAAUUCCUCUGCUUCUGAAUGGUCACAGAGGAAUGAUGUUCCCUACUGGGUUGACUAUCACUCUUGUGACAGUGAAGGUUCUCAGGAUGGCAAAAGAUGAUCCUCACAUCCACAUUCUUCUGUCACUCAUCUACAAGAAACAAAGCCCUUAUACCGAACGUCGUCAUAUCCUGAGCAGCAACAGCAGCUACAACACCACCUCGAACAUCGCUCUAGUGAACAUGUUCCUAACUGUUCUGAUCAGCAUUUUUAUGAUAGUGAAACCACUGAUGAUGAAAAGAGAUGGUCAUCACAUCCACAUAACUCUAUUUCAAACACAGAAGGACCAAUGCCUUAAUAUAGAACAUCUUCUUAUCCUGACAAGAGACAAGAGCUUCCUUGUUUUUCGAGUGAACCAAUUUUGGCACCAAAAUCUUCAUUUACUUCCUAUCCUCCCCCUGGUGGUAGGUCUCACCAGUCUUCUUCAAAUCACAGUGCAGGUAUCUAAGCUACUGGAAGUACUUCAUGACGACGAGGAAAAUUCUGAUGUUAAAUUGGUUAUUGUUAAGGGAAAUGGAAGGGCAUUUUGUGCUGGUGGUGAUGUUGCAGCCGUUGCUCACAAUGCAAAAGGAGGUGAUUGGAGGUUUGGUGCAAAGUUUUUUGAUACGGAAUAUAAAUUGAAUUAUUUGAUGGCAACAUAUAGUAAGCCUCAGGUUUCAAUUCUUAAUGGAAUUGUCAUGGGAGGUGGUGCUGGUGCUUCUAUGCAUGGAAGAUUUCGGGUCGUUACAGAAAAUACCGUCUUUGCAAUGCCAGAAACAGCUUUGGGAUUAUUUCCUGAUGUAGGCGCCCCAUAUUUCUUGUCUAGAUUAGCUGGUUUUUUUGGUGAAUAUGUUGGUCUUACAGGUGCUAGGUUGGAUGGUGCAGAAAUGCUUGCUUGUGGUCUUGCAACACAUUUUGUCCCUUCAACGAAACUAUCCUUAUUAGAAGAAUCAUUAUGCAAGGUCGAAACUAGUGAUCCAGCUGUAGUAUCUGCAAUUAUUGAUAAGUACUCAAAGAAGGUUUCCCUAAAAGAGGAUAGUGUUUAUCACAGAAUGUAUGUAAUCAAUAAGUGUUUCUCUCGGAAAACAAUGGAAGAAAUUUUAUCUUCUCUUGAGACCGAAGCUACGGGUAAGGCAGACAGUUGGAUUUCUACAACUCUUGAAACCUUGAAGAAAUCAUCUCCAACAAGCCUUAAAAUCUUUCUUAGAUUGAUUAGAGAAGUCAGGCUUCUAGGUAUUGGUGAUUGCCUUGUUCGUGAAUAUAGAAUUGUUUGCCAUAUCUUACAAGGACACCAUAGCAAAGAUUUCUUUGAGGGUUGUAGAGCUAUACUGAUAGACAAAGAUAGGAAGCCAAAGUGGGGACCUUCCAAAUUGGAGCUUCUGAGUGACAGCGACGUUGACAGAUACUUCUCUAAGCUUGAUGCUGAAGGGUGGAAAGAUUUGGAGCUUCCCAAAAGGUUCAAAAACUUGCCUGCACAUGCUAUUUCCAAGCUUUAAGGCAUCAACAGUCUGUCAUCUGUUAAGCGGAAAGUGUAGAAACCAAUGAAUCACAGCAUUAAAUGGAUUCUUGAAGGUUGAGUAUAGCUUUGUGAAUUGCCACCGAGCAAAUUCAUUAUAUAUUUAUUGAUAUAAAAAAUAAAUAGUCAGAUGAAAUUAAUUGAUACCUAAGCGAACCAUGAUAAAAGAAUAAUGAGAAAAUUAUAUAUUGAUAUAGAUUGUUGUAAAACUGUGUCGGAGUUAAUCUAUGUUUCAUUGGUCAUAAAAUUA